AUGCUAUUGGCCUGGUUCAUGGGUGGAGGAGGUGAGAGCUGUAGCCUCAUCGCCGAGGGCCUCAGCACCGCCCUGCAGUUGUUCGAUGACUUCAAGAAGAUGCGAGAACAGAUUGGCCAGACACACCGCGUCUGCCUCCUCAUCUGCAACUCGCCGCCGUACUUGCUGCCUGCUGUGGAGAGUACCAUGUACUCGGGGUACACGACAGAGAAACUCGUGCAGAAGAUUGGGGAGCAAGGCAUCCACUUCUCCAUCGUGUCUCCCCGGAAGCUGCCUGCUCUGCGGCUUCUGUUUGAGAAGGCGGCUCCCCCAGCCCUACUGGAACCUCUGCAGCCACCGACAGAUGUGAGCCAGGACCCCCGGCACAUGGUGCUGGUGCGGGGGCUUGUGCUGCCCGUCGGAGGUGGCUCAGCCCCAGGACCCCUCCAGCCAAAGCAGCCCGUCCCACUGCCUCCAGCCCCCACCUCUGGUGCCGCGCUCUCAGCAGCACCCCAGCAGCCUCUGCCCCCCGUGCCUCAGCAGUACCAGGUCCCUGGGAAUCUGAGUGCGGCUCAGGUAGCUGCCCAGAACGCAGUGGAGGCCGCCAAGAACCAGAAGGCUGGGCUGGGCCCACGCUUCUCACCCAUCAACCCUCUCCAGCAGGCUGCUUCAGGAGUGGGUACCCCCUUCAGCCAGGCUUCAGCCCCCCCAAUGCCCCCGGGGCCCCCUGGAGCCCCGAAGCCAACUCCCGUGUCCCAGCCCAGCCUGGUGUCCAGCGUGGCUCCCGGCUCAGGCCUGGCUCCCCCUGUGCAGACUGGGGCACCAUCCAUGGCAGGCUCGGUGGCCCCAGGAGGUGUGAGCGGCCCCUCCCCGGCCCAGUUAGGGGCUCCAGCACUUGGGGGGCAGCAGUCAGUGUCCAACAAACUUCUGGCCUGGAGUGGGGUCCUCGAGUGGCAGGAGAAGCCAAAGCCCGCCUCUGUGGAUGCCAACACUAAGCUGACGCGCUCUCUGCCCUGCCAGGUCUACGUGAACCAUGGAGAGAACCUGAAGACGGAGCAAUGGCCGCAGAAACUGAUCAUGCAGCUCAUCCCCCAGCAGCUCCUGACCACCCUGGGCCCUUUGUUCCGGAACUCGAGGAUGGUCCAGUUCCACUUCACCAAUAAGGACCUGGAGUCCCUUAAAGGCCUCUAUCGCAUCAUGGGCAAUGGCUUCGCGGGUUGUGUGCACUUCCCCCACACGGCCCCAUGUGAGGUACGCGUGCUGAUGCUCCUGUACUCAUCCAAGAAGAAGAUCUUCAUGGGCCUCAUUCCCUACGACCAGAGCGGCUUCGUCAACGGCAUUCGGCAGGUCAUCACCAACCACAAGCAGGUCCAGCAGCAGAAGCUGGAACAGCAGCAACGAGGGAUGGGGGGACAACAGGCACCCCCAGGACUGGGCCCAAUCCUGGAGGAGCAGGCAAGGCCUGCACAGAAUCUGCUCCAGCUCCGUCCCCCGCAGCCCCAGCCUCAGGGAGCUGUGGGGACCUCUGGGGCGGCAGGGCAGCCCCAACCCCAAGGUGCUGCCCAACCUCCCCCAGGGGCCCCCCAGGGCCCUCCUGGAGCAGCCCCUGGACCACCGCCACCUGGCCCAAUCCUUCGGGCCCAGAAUCCUGGGGCCAACCCCCAGCUUCGGAGCCUCCUCUUGAACCCCCCACCGCCCCAGAGUGGGGUGCCCCCACCCCAGGCCUCCCUGCACCACCUCCAGCCUCCAGGGGCUCCAGCUCUGCUGCCCCCUCCACACCAGGGCCUGGGACAGCCCCAGCUGGGGCCUCCGCUCCUGCACCCACCACCCACCCAGUCCUGGCCCACGCAGCUGCCCCCAAGGGCUCCCCUGCCAGGUCAGAUGCUGCUGAGCGGGGGUCCCCGGGGCCCGGUCCCCCAGCCGGGCCUGCAGCCCAGCGUCAUGGAGGACGACAUCCUCAUGGACCUCAUCUGAACCCCCGACACCCCAAUAAAGUUCCUUUUAACACAC